AUGUGGCUUCCGAAGGGAAAUGGUGAAAGGAAGGGAGAAGGAAAUGGGUUGGUAGCAGUUGCAAUAGACAAAGAUAAAAGCAGCAAGGCUGCUUUAAAAUGGGCAGUGGAGAAUCUACUUGUCAAAGGCCAAACUGUUAUCCUAAUUCAUGUCCUCCACAAAACAUCAAUGUCUUCAUCUGUUUCAAGUACUCUCUCUUCUCAAUCUAUCCGCUCUGGCUACUCUCAAGUUUCUGAUGUCAGCUCAGCUGAAUCACCACACAGGCAGCAUCUUGAGAGGUUAACAAAGGAUAUAUUCCUUACCUUCCGUUGCUAUUGUACUCGUAAAGAUGUACAAUGCCUUGAUGUUGUACUUGAAGACCCUGAUAUAGUGAAGGCAUUAACAGAAUACGUUUCCAAUUCUGCAAUUGAAAACCUGGUUCUUGGUUGCUCUUCUCGGCAUGGAUUUAUCAGGCAUGCAUUGACUAACAAGAGUUCCUCCUACUUCGAGGACUUUUCAAACUCAGAAAAUUCAAGCCGGAUGUUCCAGGAAGUGUAUCAAAAGGAGCACCAGAUUUUUGCACUGUCACCAAUCCUAAGAGGAUCAAGAGGCUUACCAUUCAAAACACUGAUGGAUUUCUCAGAAUCGGAUACUGACAUAUCAUUUAUAAGCUCCGAUAGACCAAGCACUGACCGUACAUCUUCUGUUGGGUUUGAUUUUACUGAUUCAGGAAGAACAUCAUGGAUAUCAACUAGCUCAGAACACAGCUUUGGAUCAAUCCGUCUUGGACCCAGGUUCAUGGACCUUAGCUCUCCAAAUGCGUUUUCAACUAUUUCACAGGAAAGUGGAACAACUUCAUAUUCAUGCUCAUCACAGGGCUUGGAUGAAGUGGAAGCUGAGAUGAAGAGGCUAAAGUUAGAAUUGAAGCAAACAAUGGAUUUGUACAGUAAUGCAUGCAGGGAAGCGCUUAAAGCAAAACAAAAGGCAUUAGAGAUGCAGCGCUUGAGACUUGAAGAAGAAAAACGAAUAGAAGAAGCACGACUUCAAGGGGAAGCUGCACUUUCAGUUGCAGAGAAAGAGAGAGCUAGGUGCCAGGAAGCUGCAGAAGCAGCUGAAGCUGCUCAGAAGAUAGCAGAAUCAGAAGCACAAAGAAGACUCAAUGUAGAAAUGAAAGCCCUCCAAGAAGCAGGGGAAAUGAAGAAACUAAUGGAUUCUCUAGCCAAAAAGGAUAUCAGAUACAGGAUAUAUAGUAUUGAUGAUAUUGUGGCAGCAACAGAAGACUUCUCUGAUUCUCAUAAAAUUGGGGAAGGAGGUUAUGGUCCUGUCUACAAGUGUUAUCUUGAUCAUACACCAGUUGCAAUUAAGGUUUUACGUCCAGACGCUGCUCAAGGAAGGUCACAAUUUCAGCAAGAGAUUGAAGUACUUAGCUGCAUACGACAUCCAAACAUGGUAAUUCUUCUAGGAGCUUGCCCAGAGUAUGGCAUUUUGGUAUAUGAAUACAUGGCUAAAGGAAGCUUAGAAGAUUGUCUGUUCUGCAAAGGAAAUAUGCCAGCCCUUUCUUGGCAACAAAGGUUCAGAAUUGCUGCAGAGAUUGCUACAGGCUUACUCUUCCUCCAUCAGGCAAAGCCAGAGCCCAUAGUACACCGUGACCUCAAGCCUGAUAAUAUUUUACUAGACCAUAACUAUGUCAGCAAGAUCAGCGAUGUUGGACUAGCCAGGCUUGUCCCUGUUGUUGCUGAGAAUGUAACCCAGUGCCGCAUGACAUCCACAGCCGGAACUUUCUGUUAUAUUGACCCAGAGUAUCAACAAACGGGAAUUCUUGGUGUAAAAUCUGAUGUAUAUUCACUGGGAAUCAUGCUCCUACAGAUGAUAACAGCAAAGCCAGCAAUGGGCUUGACUCACCACGUCGAACAAGCAAUUGAGAAGGGUAAAUUUGCUGAGAUGUUGGAUCCAGCUGUAUCAGAUUGGCCGGUAGAAGAAGCUUUAUGCUUUGCAAAGUUGGCACUACAAUGUGUAGAACUCAGAAGGAAGGAUAGGCCAGACCUUGGAAAGGAAGUAUUGCCGGAACUCAACAGAUUGAGAGAAUUCGCUGAAGUGAAAAUGGCCAACAUUUUCUUAGGAGAUAGUGCAGCACCUUCCCCCUUCCAAAGCCAUACUCCAUUAUUGCAGGAUUUGUUGAGCGAAAUAGAGGAUGUAAACUCAGGAAGCUCAAAGACUCAGUCAAGCUCAUCCUCACAUCCAGAAACACAAACAAGUGUAGAAUGAGAAACAACUCAAACGAAUAGCACAAAGGUUGAAUCUAAAGCAUAGUUGUAUAGGACCAACUUAAGAAGAAGAGAGGGUGAAGGUCUCAUCAUUAUUUCUAUUUAAGGAAUUUUCUCAUGCCCAGUGAGAAUCUCACCUGGUAAAUGAAAAUUAGUUGGAGAGCCUAGAGUAUAUACAAGCAAUGUCAUUAGUAUCAUGUUUCUACAAUUUUUGUGAAACACGAGUGUAGCGGCAGAAGGAUAUGCAGAAUCAUUAAAUGGUCAGCAAUGAAUGUAAGUUAUUUUUGAGAUCUUGCAAUACGUUGGGCAAGAUUUCGAUAGUUUUAAGACUUUGAAAUCAAUGAUAAGUGAAAACUAACAUUUUCAUAAAACAAAAGAACUUAACAUUUUUUUAUUUAUAAUCAUUGAGUUCGAUUUUUUUUCCUACCUAUCAUCUCUACAAAUAUACAAUUCAAGACUGACAUAAUUUUAUUGACCCAUAGUUCUUUCAUAAGAGGCAAAAACAAAGUGAUAUGACAUUUUUGCAGGACGAUAGUGGAUGGAACGAACCGAGUUACAGUAGUUUGUUUUACUAAUCAAUACUUUAAAUCACCAUUUAUGAAAAGAAAAGAGCAUAGAAACAGUCACUAAUAUCUAUACGUAUAAGCAUAUAAUUGAAGCAAAAACCAUCAAUAAAUAUUCUAUAAAUUAGAUCAUAUAGACUGAAUAACUGUAAUGAUGUGUUAAAACUGAAUUUGUGGGGUUUAUGUUUCCUAAGUUGAAUACUAACUUCGAUAAGUAAUAUUUCUUGUAAAAGAAUUAAUGAGUACCCAACUGAAGAUUAAAACUAAACCAAAUAAUCCAAUAUUCACUUUACGAAAAUCAAACAGAUUAUAAUUGAGUCAAAAAAAAAAAGAGACUAAUUAACCAUUCCUUGUGAUUCUAAGCUCUUACCUGGGAAGAUAUAUGUCGACGAAGAAACCCAUCUUUUUUUUUGAUAAGCCACACAAUAAAAACAUGAAAGUACAAUAGGGCAUCAUGCAUCUAAAUUAGCAAAGAGACAAACAACUCGAGCCUAAAACACAAUUAGAAAAGAAUUUGCAUAGUUACAAACCUAGAAAUAGAUAUAAUGGAAAACCAAUUGACAGAUACAAUGGACAGACCUAAUGAAUAAUAGAAGACAGUGCAUAACAAGACUAACUUUAAUAAGAGAAGCUGCAACUCUUGGGGAGCAGGAAGUCUUCCCUGCCAUUGGCCCACCAGAGUCACAAGGGAAAAUGUUGAGCUACUACAUAUGUAUGAUGGAGGGGAAGAGCGGUCCUGAUGAUUGGAAACUCCACUACCCCUAGAGCUGGGACUGUAACGGCCCGACUCGUAAUGCGUUACUUUUGAUACCAUCUAAAUCAAACCAUAAUAAAUUCAAUCAUCACACCUCUGAAAAUUUCGACAGCACCUCCCCAUAAUACGGAGAAUGCCAACCUGGAGUAAACACGCAACAAAAUCACUAAUAUAAUCACAACUUAGGCAAGGCCUCCGGCCAUCUAACAAUUAAUAUCACAGUUUAAUUUUCAAU